GUUCAUUUCCGUCCUUUACCUGCGUCUCGGCUUGCGCCAUUUCCGUCAGUCUAGAGUGUCUCCGCCCUUCCCGCCUCCCUUCCUCGGAGCGUCUUAAACACAGGCUUCGGGCCUACUGCUCCGGGGGUACUUAGGGGGCGGGGGGGCAGGUCUGAUGAGUAACCCCUCCCCCCAAGUCCCAGAGGGAGAAGCCUCUACAUCUGUCUGUCGGCCCAAGAGUUCCAUGGCCUCCACUUCCCGACGCCAACGCCGAGAGCGUCGCUUCCGUCGUUAUUUGUCUGCAGGACGGCUGGUCCGGGCCCAAGCCCUCCUCCAGCGACACCCAGGCCUUGAUGUAGAUGCUGGGCAGCCUCCACCACUGCACCGGGCCUGCGCCCGCCACGAUGCCCCUGCCCUGUGCCUGCUUCUUCGGCUUGGGGCUGACCCUGCCCACCAGGACCGCCACGGGGACACAGCGCUGCACGCUGCUGCCCGGCAGGGCCCUGAUGCCUACACGGAUUUCUUCCUGCCACUGCUGAGUCGCUGUCCCUCUGCCAUGGGAAUAAAGAAUAAGGAUGGGGAGACCCCAGGGCAAAUUCUGGGCUGGGGACCCCCCUGGGAUUCUGCCGAGGAGGAGGAAGAAGAUGAGGCCUCUAAGGAGCGGGAAUGGAGCCAGAAGCUGCAGGGAGAGCUGGAGGACGAGUGGCAGGAGGUCAUCGGGAGGUUUGAAGAUGAUGCUUCCCAUGAGACCCAGGAACCCGAGUCCUUCUCAGCCUGGUCAGAUCGCAUGGCCCGGGAACAUGCCCAGAAGCGCCAGCAGCAGCGCGAGGCAGAGGGAGCCUGCCGACCCCCACGGGCUGAGGGCUCGGGUCAGAGCUGGCGGCAGCAGCAGGAGGAGCAGCGGCUCUUCCAAGAGCGAGCCCGGGCCAAGGAGGAAGAACUGCGUGAGAGCCGAGCCAGGAGGGCACCGGAGGCUCCCGGGGAUCGAGUGCUGGAGCCAGCCAGGGCCGGGCCCAGGGCCGAGCACCCCAGAGGAGCGGGGAGGGGCAGACUCUGGCGCUUCGGUGAUGUGCCCUGGCCCUGCCCUGGCGGAGGAGACCCAGAAGCCAUGGCUGCAGCCCUGGUGGCCAGGGGCCCUCCCUUGGAGGAGCAGGGGGCCCUGAGGAGGUACUUGAGGGUCCAGCAGGUCCGCUGGCACCCCGACCGCUUCCUGCAACGAUUCCGAAGCCAGAUUGAGACCUGGGAGCUGGGCCGAGUGAUGGGAGCUGUGACAGCCCUUUCUCAGGCCCUGAAUCGCCAUGCGGAGGCCCUCAAGUGACCCCAGGGAAAGAGCAAGAAACUGCAGGAAGUGCAGGGAAGUAAGAAGGGUAAGGUCAGGAGACCGGUGCUGAACGGCAGAGGACGUGGGGCGGGAGCAGAACUUGUAAUGAGCAGGGGUGGGGGGAUGCGGGCCACCACCACUGCUCCUUGACUCUGCCAUUUCCUAAUAAGACCUGGUUCCACAUCUCACUCCCGGUGUCUCCUCUGCCUUUGUCCAUCACUGUGGUUUUCAUCACCCAUAACAUCUCCUUUCUCACUCCACCUGCCCAAACCCACAGCUCCUGC